GCCACAGAAGGAGGCAUGAGCCACAGCAUCUCCUUUGCAGAGUUGGUCAACCUGGCAAUUGGCACUCCAGAACUUGGCAACGUCAAUUUCAAUGCCCUCCACUUAUUCCUGCACAGCCUCCUGGAGCACCUCCACCUGCGAGACGUAAAGAAAGAAAUCACCGAUGACGAGCUGGACUUUAUUAAGCCACCUUCUGGCCUUCCCGCCUCCGUCACGGCAUCGGCCGAAGCCGUCCCGCUGGCCAGGAAAUCCAGCUCCAUCUUCCACCAGAUGCACGAGAGGAUCUCGGCCCUUGAGAAGCAGCUGAACUUCCUGAACGAUACUCCGGGCACUGACCAGCUGCUGGCCCGCAGCCAGGGUGGGGGCCAGCCCGCCCAGGACAUGUGGCAGAUGAUGCAGCUGAAGAAGAAGAUGGAAGUGAACGAGGAAGGGAUGACCAAGGCAAUGAAGACCUUGCAGGAUCUGCUGAACAACAUCUACUCCUUGAAAGUGGCCACCAGUAACUUCGAGGGUGAGCUGGGACAGCUGAAGGACAGCUUUAGCAAACUCAAUGUGGAAGAAAUGAAGGAGCAACUUCUGCGUCUGGAUGAGCAGGCCAAACUGCUGGAAGAUCUCCGGGAGCAGCUGGGAGGAGGCGCCGCCGCCACCGCCACCCUCCAGGACGCCUCGGACCUGGUGCGCUGGAGCACCCUCUGUGAGACGCUCACAAGCCAGAGCUUCUUGGAGGAAGAGAAGGAGGGCCGAGAGAAAACCGCCCGGGAGGUGCUGGCCCUCCUUGCCCAGCUGCCCGAGCGGCACGAGGCCCUACUGGCCCGAACGGCUCAGCUGGAGGCUCAGCUGAAGCAGCAGGUGGGGCAAGGAGCCCUUUCGGAGCUCUCGCCUGAGUGGAAGGCUCUACUGGAGCAGAUGGACCGGAUGCAAAGCCAGGAGAAGCAGAGGAAGGAGUCCUUGCAAGGGAUGAGCGACCAGGUAGAGAAGUUGAAGGAACAAUGCGAGAAGCUCCAGAAAAGGAUGGAGAGGCUGACCAAGAGCACUGAAGACAUGCAGACCAUGCGCCUGAUGCUGGAGCAGUUGGACAUCAACAAAGCAGACAAAGCCCUGAUACGGGAAGAGAUGAAUGUGAAAGCCGACAAGAGUGCCCUGGAGACCAAAGUGAACCACGGGGAGCUGCAGGUGGCCACCAGCCAGCUCAGUGAGAUGAUGCAGGACCUGCUCCAGAAGAUGUCCCUCCAGGACAAGGACUGGCAGAAGGCCUUGGAGAAGCUCUUCACGGACAUGGACUGCAAGCUGGACCGGAUGGCGCUGGACCCUCUGAGCAGGGAGCUGGAAGAGGUGUGGAAGUUUGUCAAGAAGUACCUGAGCGAAGGCCCCCGCUUUGAUGCAGACAGUGCGGCCGGCUUUAAGAAGCAGCUGUUUGAGCGGGUGAAGUGCAUCUCCUGCGACCGGCCAGUGACCAUGAUGACCGGGCCGCACAUGGUCACGGUACGGAAGGCGCCCCUCAGGCCACGUCCAGCCAGCGCCAACGGCUACGAAUACCUGCAAAGGCCGCAGAGGAAGGAUCAGGAGGCCACCGAAGCAGGCAGCCAGCCGCCCCCACAGACCUGCUGGCAGUGCCAAGCCCACCACCAGGCCUGCACCAUCAAGCGGCUGUCCCGCUCCCAGGACCUCUCCACUGUCUAUCCCUACGGAGACCCAACCGCCCUCACCUAUGACCAUACUGAAGUGGACAUCCUCGGCGUUAACGGUGUUCUCUACAAAGGGCGGGUGAGCGCACAAGCUGGAGAGCGGGUGCUUGCCCUGCAGAAGGAGUUUGCAGUGAUGAAGCCCCCCCGACCCCCCUCGAAGAUGGAGAGAGCUCGCUCGGCCUUUGCAGACAUCGGUGCCUCUCCCUCGGCCUCUAACUCCAUGCGGAGGGGGGGCCCAGCCGGGGCUGGCGGUGGCAGCAGCAGCAACGGAACCCCUCGCCAGCAGCAGCACCAGCAACAGCAGCAGCCGCUCACCUUUGAGUCCAUGGACAGGACGGUGGCGUCUGUGACCAGGAGCCUCAGCCAGUCCCACUUCCGGAACGGUGGCGGGGUGGCAGGCCUGUGAGCUCCCCCUCCUGCUCCUGCUCCCCUCCAGGAGGCCGUGGCUGCCCCCAGCUGGCAGGGCAGGGCAGGGGUGCCAGAGUCUCUGCGUGAUGGCCCAGGCAGGUCCCACCCUUCUCCCCACAGAGAGCAGCUAGUAAGCGGGGCUCCCCCCCCUUUUCCUCUGCCAGCCCCACCACCACCACCCCAGCCUGCCCUCCUCUCACUUCUCGCCCAGUCUCUGCCUGCAUGGAACCAUCGUUCCCAUGGAGCACAGGGGGGCGGCCAGCAAGGGCUUGGGUUUGACUGCUGAGCAGGCGGGGUGUGUGUGUGUGGGGGGGGGUCUCGCUCUUGGCAGGGGAGGCUGGCUUGAUGCACAGGCCAGCCAUGAAUCUCCCAGACGCCACCUUUGGAAAGGGCUGGUGGACCCGUCUUUGGGGCCCAGCUCACCACGACGGGGGCCACCAGCAUCUCUUUGCACAUGUCCCUCCCCUCUGCAGAGAGCUUUGCUGCUAUGCGUGUGAGACAGGGUUUCGAAAAACCCACAACCACCUUCGGACAGGGUUUUGUUUGCAGCAUAGCCACCAGCUCACAGCCCGCUGGAAGUCAUUGGACUGCAAUGCCCAUCGUUCUUUGCCAUUGGCUGUGCUGGCUAGGGCUCACGGGUGCUGCCUCCCAGGAAGGAGCGGAGGGCCAGCCUUUGCCAAGUGGUCAAUAACAAGAGUCUGUGGAUGGUGGAAACGGCUCCAUAAAGUUAUUUGUUUUCUA